AAAAAAAAAGGCAAACAAAAGGCAGAGCAGGCAGCCCGUAGGGCUGUCCGGCGGGGCUGAGGGAGGGGACAGGCCCGUGAGGCGCCGCGCCCGCCCCGCCCCGCCCCACCCCGCGCUGACGGUGGCCGGGAGCGGCCAGGCCGCGUCCUCUGCGCUCUGCCGCUCCUCCCGUCCCGAGCAGCCGCUCCCGGAGCUCCGUGCCCGGCUAUGGAGCUGUGGCAGGUGCCGCUGAGCUUCUCCCGCCUCCGCAUGUUCCCUUUCUUCGACCUGGCGCAUUAUGUCGCCUCCGUGCUGGCGCUGAAGGAGCAGCGGGGAGUUGUGGAAGUGUCAGUCCGAAGUCCAGUGGCUUGCUGGUUUAGUGCAAUGCUUUAUUGCUUUGGGGGUUCAGUUUUGUCUUCGUUGAUGCUUGGUGAACCUCCAGUAGCAUUUCUUGCAAAGACCAUAAAUAUUCUACUGGCAUCCUCAGUCUGGUAUCUAGUGUUUUACUGCCCAGAAGACAUAUUCUACCGCUGCUUUUCCUUGAUGCCUCUUCGUCUUCUGGUGGUAGGAAUGAAGGAAGUGACAAGGACUUGGAAGAUCACAGAUGGCAUUGCACACGCAGACGUUGUCUACAAAGAUGCCUGGCUUGUCAUGAUAGCUGUGGGCUGGGCCAGAGGUGCUGGUGGUGGUCUAAUUUCCAACUUUGAGCAGCUGGUGAGAGGAGUGUGGAAGCCUGAAACCAAUGAGCUCUUGCAAAUGUCCUACCCUGUGAAGGUAACUUUGAUAGGAGCAGUUCUUUUCACCCUGCAACGCAGACAGUACUUGCCAAUAGCAAAACACAACCUUGUGUUUGUAUACACCAUCUUUCUUGUUGUUUUCAAGGUAAAAAUGAUGUUGACAAGAUGUGCAGCUUCUCCACUUGCUCCCUUUGAGGCUGCAGUGGGCCAAAUGUUUUUUGGCUCACGAAAGACACCUUCCAGAGUGGAGGGUGAAGGUGUCACAUCUUCCAACGGCUCUUCAGUCUGUGACCAGCCUUCUGAGCAGCACCAUGAGAGUGCUAAGAAAAAACAAGCAAAGAAAACAGAAUAAAUUACUUUAAAUCCUUG